AUGAAUUUAUCUGAUAUUUUUAGUACUGGUAAAGAAUCUUUGUUAUCUUUAAAGGAUACUUUUGGAUCUAGUAAUUUUUCUCCAUUUACACCAUGUGAAGGAUUUGAAUGCUUACCUCAAGUAUUAUUUUUGUACCUAAUAUUUCUUUUAUUAUGUACUGGAAUGUUUAUUCAUAAUAAGAAUCAGCUUAAAAAAAAACAGAGGUUAACAAAUUUCAAUAAUCAAUAUGAUGUAAAUUAUUCAGGAUGCGCAGAACAAUAUGAUGCAGAAGAACAACCGGAAUAUGGCCAUGAAGAAUCUGAAAAGGAUGGAUAUAAUCCAAAUGCACAUAAUGAAUAUCCUCAACAUAACCAUUCACAAAAUCAUGCAUAUAAGUCAAAUGUAAAAAAUCAAAAAGUACAUGUUGGACAAGCAUCAUACCAGAAAAGUGCAGUAUUCAAUGAAUAA